AUGUCGUUGAACUUUCAGUCACACACUAUCAGUCAAAGAAAAAGUUUAAAGUUAAAAGGUACAAAAACGUCAGUCACUAAAAAUCAAAUUUUGAUUUCUACCGGAAUAGUAUCGUUGGACGCAGUUUUGGAUGGAGGUAUUCCAAUAGGCACUGUGGCUCUUGUUGAAGAAGAAAAUCAUGGCCGAAAUGCAGAAUUGAUUACAAAACAUUUUAUAGCUGAAGGAGUUGUGUGUGACCAUUCUAUUUUGAUCGCUGAUGUCGAAAAGAAGCCAGAAACAAUUGCAAAUGAUUUACCAAAACCAAUUCAAGAAGAGAGUUUUCAACCAACCGAUAUUAUUGCUGAGGAUUUUAAAAUAGCUUGGCGCUAUAGUCAAAAUCCUAUAUAUGACUCUAAACCACAUCAUACAUCAAUAUCUUUUGGACAUACAUUUGAUAUGUCUGCUAAAAUUCCUGUUGAUGAAUUAAAAAACAUUAGGUAUUGGCCAGACGAAAAAUCACAAGGUACCAGUUACUCCGAGCUACUAGAACAAAUAAAUACAAUAAUAACUAAAGGAGGUUUUAGUACAAAAAUUCCUGUUGAACAAAGACAUGUAUUAAGAAUAACAAUUAGUAAUUUGUAUUCACCAAUUUGGGAUUCUAAUGAUAUGAACGUCGUUACAUUUUUGUAUAAGCUUCGAAUCCUUGUACGUUCUUCAUAUGCUACUUGUCUCUUAACAUGUCGAGCUCAUACAAUUGAUAACGUGGUUAAAUGUCGAAUGGAACAUUUUGUGGAUACAGUACUAAUUUUGAAACCAAUGGAACUAAGUUCAUGUGCAGACUAUAAUGGGAAGCUUAUCAUUGGUAAAUUAGCGUCUUUUAACACUUUUUUAUAUGAACCUCUAUCUGUAGAUUGGGCUACAAAACUCACUAGAAAAAAACUAUGCAUUGAGAAAUUACAUCUUCCUCCAUGCUUGAACAGCGGUGAUGAUAAUGAAAAUGUUCACACUAAGCAAUUGUCAUGCGCUUCAACAACUUCUGUAUUAAAUUUUUAG